AUGUCUCUUAAUAAAAAACAAAAAAGGAAUUCAACAAGUAAAUCAUCGUUAGAAAUAACACAAUUACAAUCUAGAGCUUCACAAUUUACCAAAAACAAAUUUUCUCAAAUGUUGACACGUAAAAUAAGAUCAAUGAUCAAAGAUUCUACUUUGACAAGCGUAACUGGCAGUACUCAGAAAAGAACACAUAGUAAAUCAACUGAGUUAGCAUCCGUUAAUACUACUUCAGAAAAUACAACUAAAGAUGCUUCUUCGAAAAAUGCAACUGAAGUUACUACUUCGAAAAAUACAACUAAAACUACUACUUCAAAAAAUACAACUAAAGCUACUACUUCGACUAAUACAAUUGAAGAAGCUGCUUUGAAAAAUACAACUGAUACUAGAGUAGUUCACGAUUCAGAUAAUUUAACUCUUAACUAG